AUUGGAAACCAACUAAAUCAACAUGCUUCGUAAUUUGAAGAUAGAGCAACGUGUUCUUACACGUAGUUUAGCUACCAUGGCUGAUCCAGCUGCCAAUCCCCAUCGUAUAUACGGUGGAUUGAAAGAUCAAGACCGUAUUUUUCAAAACGUUUAUGGAACUUAUGGACAUGACUUGAAAUCUGCUCAAAAGAUGGGUGAUUGGUAUAAGACCAAGGAAAUCAUCUUAAAGGGCCAUGAUUGGAUCAUUAAUGAGAUGAAGAAAUCCGGUUUAAGAGGUAGAGGUGGUGCUGGGUUCCCCUCAGGUCUUAAAUGGUCAUUUAUGAAUCCUCCAGGAUGGGACAAGAACGUCGGACCAAGAUACCUUGUUGUUAAUGCCGAUGAAGGGGAACCAGGUACCUGUAAAGAUAGAGAAAUUAUAAGAAAAGAUCCUCAUAAAUUAGUUGAAGGAUGUUUAUUAGCAGGUAGAGCCAUGAAUGCAACUGCAGCAUAUAUUUAUAUUAGAGGGGAAUUUUACAAUGAAGCCGUCAUUUUACAAAAUGCCAUUAAUGAAGCUUACAAGGCGGGAUUAAUUGGUAAGAAUGCUUGUGGAUCCGGUUAUGAUUUCGAUGUUUAUAUCCAUCGUGGUAUGGGUGCUUAUAUUUGUGGUGAAGAAACCGCUUUAAUUGAAUCUAUUGAAGGUAAAGCUGGUAAGCCAAGAUUAAAGCCACCUUUCCCAGCCGGUGUUGGUUUAUUCGGUAGACCAACCACCGUUGCCAAUGUUGAAACCGUUUCCGUUGCCCCAACUAUUUUAAGAAGAGGUGGUGAUUGGUUUGCUUCCUUUGGUAGAGAAAGAAACCAAGGUACCAAAUUAUUCUGUAUUUCCGGUCAUGUUAACGAACCAUGUACUGUGGAAGAAGAAAUGUCUAUUCCAUUGAAGGAAUUGUUGGAAAAACAUUGUGGUGGUAUUGUUGGUGGUUGGGAUAACUUACUAGGGGUUAUUCCAGGAGGAAGUUCUGUUCCUGUCAUGACUAAAGAAACUUGUGAAAAUGUAUUGAUGGAUUACGAUGCAUUAAGAGAUGUUGGAUCAGGUUUGGGUACUGCUGCUGUCAUUGUUAUGAACAAACAAACCGAUAUCAUUAGAGCUAUUCAAAGAUUCUCUCAUUUCUAUAAGCAUGAAUCAUGUGGUCAAUGUACUCCAUGUCGUGAAGGUACUACUUGGUUACAAAGAAUGAUGGAUAGAUUUGUCAAGGGGCAAGCCACUGAAAAGGAAAUUGAUAUGAUUUUCGAAUUGACUAAAGAAAUUGAAGGUCAUACAAUUUGUGCUUUGGGUGAUGCUGCUGCCUGGCCAGUUCAAGGGUUAAUUAAAUCAUUCAGACCUGUUAUGGUUGAUAGAAUUAACCAAUUUAAGAAAGAAAAUGAUUCUGUUGUGCCUGGUGGUUGGGUCACUGGAGGUAAGGUUAAAGAUGGUGUAGUUAUUGAUAACCCAAUGCCAGCCAACCAUUAAAGAAACGCAUACCUUUUUUUGACACAUUUUCCUGCAUUUAUAGCGAAGGGGCAGGAGAGAAUAACUCCUUCAAAACCCCCCAUAAACGACUGUAUUAAACAAAAUAUACAACAAAUAACGAGAAGAAGAAGAAGUAGUAGUAGUAGUUAGAGUCUAGUUGGGUAAGAUAUAGCUCUCUUGGUUAUUACCUUGAUUUAUUUAUAACGUUUCCUUUUUUUUUCCCCCAUAAAUAUAUAAUUCUUACG